GCUUGUCCAGCAUGGGGGAGCUCCCGUCCCCUCUCCUUACACUCGUUUUUUUUUCUCUAUACGCUUUCAACCCCCUUCUCACCUCUUCCUCCUUAACGUAUACACAUUUUCUGACUCAUCAGAUUGUCUAAUACACGCGUUUUUAAAGGAAACAAGAUGGCUGAGAUAGGCAAGGGGGUUACUGCCGGAAAGCUGGCAAGUAACGUGCAGAAGAAAAUAAACCGAGCGCAGGAAAAGGUCCUGCAGAAGCUGGGCAAAGCUGAUGAGACUAAGGACAUCUUAUUCGAAGAGGGAGUGCUGAACUUUCACAAGCAGCUGACUGAGGGCACCAAACUGCAGAAGGACCUCAGGGCCUACCUGACUGCGGUCAAAGCAAUGCACGAGUCAUCCAAGCGCUUACAGGACUGCCUGGUGGAGAUGUACGAGCCAGAGUGGUACGGGAAGGAUGAAGUGGACUCCAUCGUGGAGGACACCGACGUCCUGUGGACAGACUUCCAUCAGAAGCUGGUGGACCACGCUUUGAUCUCCAUGGACACGUAUCUCGGCCAGUUCCCCGACAUCAAGGCACGCAUCGCCAAGCGUGACAGAAAGCUGGUAGACUACGACAGCGCGCGGCACCAUUUUGCAUCACUGCAAAAGGGCAAGAAGAAGGAUGAGGUGAAGGUCGCCAAGCCGGUCUCUCUUCUGGAGAAGGCAGCCCCCGGCUGGGCACAGGGGAUACUGUCGGCUCACCAUGUGGCUCAGACUAACCUGUCCCGGAGCCAGGCCGAGGAGGAGCUGGGGAGAGCCCAUAAGGUGUUUGAGGAGAUCAAUGUUGACCUACAAGAGGAGCUUCCCUCCCUGUGGAACAGUCGAGUUGGCUUCUAUGUCAACACUUUCCAGAGCGUGGCUGGUUUGGAGGAGAAGUUUCACAGAGAAAUGGGCAAGCUAAGUCUGAACCUUAAUGACGUGCUGAACAAACUGGACGAACAAAAGGCAGGUAAAGUGGUUGAGAAGACGGAAGUCAAAGUGAAGAGUAACAUGGGUGAAACCAACAACUCUCUCGCACCUGGGGGGACCCCUGCCCCAGGCAUUCCCAAGUCACCUUCCAAGCUGAAGCCUGGACCGCCGGUUCCACCCCCACCCAAACUGACGCCGUCCAAAGAGCUGAAAACAGAGAACAUCAUCAACCUGUUUGGCGAGUCAUUCGUGCCCGACAUUAGCGUUACGUCCCCCUCGCAGUUUGAGGCCCCUGCGGGGGGCAGUCUGCUUGACAUGGACUUUGAUGCUCUGAAGCCAGCCUCCAGCCCAGGGGCCCCUGCCGCCCCCACCUCCCCCCAGGCGGCGGCGUCUUGGGACCCGUGGGAGCAGACGGACAAAGCUGAAGUUUCCUCGGACGCGCCGGCCGUCGAUUCUAAUGCCGUCCCGGCCGAAUCAGCGGAACCGCAGCCGGCGGAAACCAACGGAUCUGCAGAGGAGGUGGAGAUGCCCCCUGGAUUCCUCUACAAGGUCAAGGUGAUGCACGACUAUGUAGCCAACGAUUCCGAUGAGCUGGAGAUGAAAGCCGGGGAUGUGGUUUUGGUUAUGACCUACGACAGCCCUGAUGAGCAGGAUGAUGGCUGGCUGAUGGGGGUAAAGGAGACCGACUGGCUGCAGACCAAGGAGCUGAAGAUCAAGGGCGUGUUCCCUGAGAACUUCACCCAGCGCCUGUGAGCUGCAGCGCCGGCAGGGGGGCGCCUCCUCUGCCCUGCGCCAAUGCCGCCACGCCCAGAAGUCUUGUGCCGGAAGUCUGCCUGGGGCAGCCAAGGGCCCGGGCACGAGGGGCCAGCCGUGCAUCAUGGGAAAGCCUUUUCAGCUGCGUGUCGAAACGUGGUAGCCGGCUCGUCGUCGUGCUGUUGGUUCAUUUAUUUAUUCUGUUUCGUUUUGUUGUGCCCCCCCCCGAGUGGGUUAACCCUUGUUUAAUAUUUAAAACGUGCUUACAGGUUCAGUGGUCCCUCUGAGCCCAUCAGUUCUCAUUGCCUAAAUCCCUGGAUGCUUGUGUACGGUGUUCGUUUCGUUCGCCAGAUUGUUAUUGGCUGCCGUGGCAGGGAUCUCUCAGGGGAUUGGACCACUUCUGAUCCACCCCUGAGCGCUUUUGGGAUGCAACCCCCACACCUGCUCCGUUUGUGUCUGAUUGCCACCCCGAUCCUCACACGUCCGCUCGCCUGCCCGUGGGUUAUCCCCUACAGCAAAGGAACCAUAGUGAAAUCCCAAAUGGACUGAUGGAAGAUACUGGAAGUAUUAUCAUUUGUGAGAUAAAGCCUUCCGGAAUGCACCGCCCGGAGGCUUAAUGAUGUUUUAUCGCAAUUUAGUUUAGCGACGAUAAGGAGUGUACUCUAACUGGUUGACAUGAGACAGAGUUUAAAAAUGUGCUGUAUGUCUGUUGUUUUCUAGAUGAUUCUAUACAGAAGUAUUUUAAUACGGUGGGUUAAAAGGGGAAAUUAAACAGGCUACCUGGUUUAUUAGUGUAAGUAUCUGUAAUCACCCAUUGAUGUGCGUUCAGGUGUUCUGCCUACUGUCUGUCGUCUGGGCCAGCAUGUGGUAAUUCCCAGUUACUGCCACAUUUUUACUAGAAACUUGAAGGCGGCUCGAAGGUGAACUGUAGCUACUGUAUUUUCUAGGAGAUCCGCUGUAUAUUCCUAAAACCUUCCGAGGCUGAUGCUAGCAUGUUGGGUAAGACCUUGGAUUUGAUCUCAGCCCCUUCCCUGGCUCAUAUAAAUGCGGAUGACGGUGAAAUAAACAUUUGCUGGAUUUUAUUCUGUGUUCAGGUAUACAAACUGGAUCUUGUGGCUCGUAACCUGCGUGGUCUGCCAUUUGAAUCAUGUCGUGUUGCGUAGCUAUUUCCUGGAAUGCUGGAGCACUCUGUGUAAGGUGGAUGUGUACUUCGUGCUUCGUGCGUGUACUGCAUUGCCCUCAACUGGAGUCAUGUGCUAAUUUUCGAUAUUUUGUUGCCAUCGAAACGGGAGAUUUUGAGCCGCCCGGCCCAUUUUCCGGUGAACUGCUCUUUCUUUGCCUGCUGUAAUUUCACCCCCUGGCCAGUUGGUGGUGCUCCUCCCCUUCUUUUAACUGUCUAACCAGCAGCCGAGUGGCGGGCCAGUCCGAAGCCCCCAGUGCCCGCUUGAUGUUUCUCUGUAAUGGAUCAGCGUCCUGUAGCACAUGCCUAGUGUAUAUACCAGUAAACACUAACCCCCCUUCAGACCAGUUGUGUUGUCGUACGCAUGCAGUAUUCUCUACCCUACCCCCACCCCACCCCCCCGUGCUAUGUGUGGAUUUUAGUGAGGGAGGGGUGGGGGCUAGGCUCACCUCGUACUGACCAAUAUACAAACGUGUUUAUUCGACUCCUUGUGACCAGCUGUCUCAACUCUGGCAAUAAAUACGGGUUGAACCCCA